GCGAGAUUAAUCGAAGAGUGUACUACCACUCUAUUGCUGCUCUAUUAUUUGCUUCAGAAAUGACAAACAUCGCUUCUGUUGAGUUGUUCAUCGACAAGUCUAUUCAGCUUUUUGGAGUGGAUCCAAACAAUACAAAGGUUUCCAUGACCUACGGCUCAUCCAUCAAGAAAGAAUCAAAGAGCAAGAGCAAGACCAAUCCCAAUAAAAUACUUAAAAAUGCGAAUGAUAGUAAGGACAGCAAAUUGAUUCCAACAAAUUUUAUUUCUUUUAAAAUAUAUAAUCCUAAUUUGGGCCAUUGUUAUAAUUUCAAAUCGAUUAAAUUUAAAGAAUUGUCAAGAAUUCUAGCUGCUUUAGGUCCAAGAGGAAUUCAAAUUUCAAUUUCAAAUAAUUUGAAUAAUCUUAAUAACAACAAUAAACAGCCCAUAACAAAUACUGCUAAUGUUGAGAUUAAUAAUGAUGAAAAGAAACAUUUAACCAUACAUAAGAAAGGAAUUUCUAGUAUUAUGUCCAACGUCGAAUUUAAUUUUGAUGAACCAAUUGAGUCUAAUAACAAUGAGAAUGAGAAUGAGAGUGUCAGUAAUAAUGAUACCAAAGAUGGCGCUAAAAGCACAGUAAUAGAUAGCACAAAUACAAACGAUAACGAGAAAAGCACUGCUCCAAAUACCUUUAAUAAAAAGAAGAAUAAAAAUAAAAAGAAAAAGGGUAAAAAACACUAAAUUAACUUAUAAAUAUAUAUUUAUAUAUUCUUAUAUUCAUAUAUUCAUUCUUUUAUACGAUUAAUUAAAUCCACAUUGUUGCAAUAUAAUGUCCUAUCAAUAGAUGAAAGCGUAUUUAAACUGUCAGUCAAUUUAGGCAAAUAAAUUGAAUUUAGCAAAUAAUGGAGAUCUAAACUUUCUUUGUUAUCCAUUUUGAAAUUUUUU